CGCAGACAAGACGAGACAAGACAGGACAGGACAAGACAAGGCAGACAAAUAGACAAAUAGACAACUAGACAAAUAGACUGCAAGAGAUGGCAUUUGCUCCAUCGCAAUCUCAAUCCUCAAGCUUAUGGGAAUCAAGAGCAACCCUGACUACGAAAACAUACUCAACUUCAUCUAGAUCGACAAGUUACACUUCUAAUGUGCCAUCCGUAUACUCUUCAAGUAGACCAAGUGCAGCAGGUCAUGAAGACCAGGCUCGAAUUUAUUAUGACGAACUUAAACAAGCCAUAGUUAAUAUAUUAGCCAAAGAGGCUAAAGAAGGACCUAACCAACAACGAGUAAAUGCUCGUCUAAAGCUCGGACGACUCAACACACUGCAAUUCCAUGAAUUGGCCAUGGAUGUCUAUGAUGAGCAAGGAAGAAGAUACUAUCCAGAAAAGUCUGGUAAAACAUCAUAUGAUACAAUACAUCUAUCUAACUUUGGAACUCUGCUAGGUCCGUUCUUACCUGUCCGUGAUGAUUUCCAUCCGCGCAGAAACCAGGCCAGACAGAAACUGGCUACAUUACCAGUUCCACGCUUCCAGGACCUCGUCAGUGAUGUGUUUUCUGAAUUGAAAAGAAGAUACCCACAAUUUCAAGAAAAGAUUCAAGUAUCUCAUGUUCCCCUUAAAAUCCAAGCAACACCAUCACAAACACAGCAUUCUUCUCCGUCUCCUCUGUCUCCGCCUUCCCCUCUUCCAGCACAGCCUAGCAAAUCCACAAACAUCGUACCUGUCAAGGGAAUGAUUAGCGUAGAGCCAGCAGAUCCAUCUGAUGAUGAAUCUAGUCGGCCAAAUACAGGAGUAUACAAAGACGAACCCAAAAAGGAGUUUUUUGCACCAUCAAAAUCAAGCACAAAACUAUGGAGAGAGAGCGGGAACUUUCAAUCCUUGGAUAGUUUGAUGGCAGAUUUGGACAACAUGGUUGGAUUACAAAAGAGUGACAGUGGAAUGGGGGAGAGCAUGAGCUACGAGCAAGUAGAAAGAAUACGCUCAGACUAUGAAUACAAACUAGCUCAGAUGAUGAAACGUAUACACCAACUAGAAUAUGAAGCAAUUGGUAACAAAUCCAUAAAUACAGGAGGCUCAUCAAUAAAGUAUGAUCAAUUGGACAAAAACUACAAGCGUCUAGAGGAAGAUUAUAAUCGACUGGAGCGAGAAUAUAAUAGUCAGCAAGAGGCAGUCCGUCAAGUGAAGAAAGAUACCCAACGUUUAAUAACUGAUCUCAAAUCCCUCUCAAGUAAGACGGCUAUCCUUGAUCAGGAAAAGCUACAGUUAGAGCAGCAAUUAAGGAUAGCCAAAGAAGAAGCCAAGAUGUGGCAGACUAAAUACGAGAAUACAAAUCAAGAAAUCAAUUAUCUCAAAGGAAUAUCACCUACAAGCGAGACGUUUAAAAACGAUAUUCGCAAGGAAAAUUUUUUGCAGCCAACUAGAGAAGGUAUUAUUAGCCAAGAUUCUAUUAUGUCGUAUCAAACAGCCAUAAACGAGCUACUAGAAACUGCCAGAUCAAGCAAGCCUUCCGGUGUCUUAAUAACCAUGAAGACAAUUAUAAUGAUUUCAAAGCGAAUAUCUGAAAACGUAGAAGCAUUUGAAACUUCACCACAGUUCUCUACUACAAUGGCACCGCGUCUUCACGAACUAAAGGUUAGCUUUUCAACAACCUUGACUCAGCUGCUUGCUUCAGCCAAAGGUCAUGCUAUGGGUAUGGGGAUGAGCCCUGUCAGUUUGCUGGAUGCUUCAGCCGGUCACUUGACAGCUGUAAUUGUGGAAAUGACCAAAUUCCUUGGUCUGACAUCUCAAAAAGAUGGCAUUCACUCAAUUGGUGCUACUGCUGGUGCUACUGCUGGUGCUGGUGUUUCUGCUUCUACUUCCUCUGCUGCUAUCUCCAAGACAGUCCCAACUUCCUCUCGAUCUUCGUCCUUGAAGCCACGAACCCAAUCCUCAUCAUCUUCAAUAGCAUCCUCCAUUCAAAAUUCGUUUGCUCCAAGAGCAACUCAACCAACUCCACAAGUAAUUGUCCAGCCACAGGAACAACAUCAUCAUCAACAACAGCAACAACAACACCAGCAGCAUAGUUUAUCAUCAAAUACACGGUCAAAUGGGACACAAGAAGAGCCACCAUUAUCUCCUAGAUCAUACCUUGGUCCCGAGGAAUUAAAUGAUUAUCUCAAGGAAGAAACCGACCAUAUUGUUCAAGCUAUUCAAAGCUUAUUGGCAGCCUUGAGAUCUCCCAACCAAAUCAACCAAGUACAGAAAAUUAUUCAAUCUAUUGAUGCUAUUGUCUCUAAUAUUAUCCGGAUGGCAAGAAAUGCUUUCUCGGCCGGGCCUGGACUCGCGCUUGCUGCUCAAGGUGACCCUGUUCUUAGUGAGAUGGCCAUUUCGAAAUCAAAAUUACUUCAACUUUCAAGUUCCGCAUUCGCACAUUCACCUGAAAAAGCAAGCGCAGCCGCCAAGAGAGACUUGGCAAAAGAGGCCUAUGAGAUUGCAAAAUACAUAAAAGAGCUUAUUUCUAUUGUAGAAAAAGUGAUUGGAUAAUAAUGCCUCUAAUCAACGGAGAACCAAAAAUAAUUAAAAUAAAAUAAUAAU